AUGUCGUCCGAGCCAGCAGCUACGCCUUCAUUGGCCGAUCGCAUAACGAAGGACGAACCCAAACAGUCGUGGGCCGACGAGGUCAAUUCGCCUGUAGCUGAAGAGCCUCCCUCCACCAAACCAGAAAAUGGUAUUUCCCAAACCGACGGAGCUAGUGGUCCAUUUGGCGGCUCAAACCUGCACGAGCCGGAUUACGAAGUGCAGGUCAAGCUCGCAGAUUUACAAGAAGACCCCAACAACCCUUUAUUCUCUGCCCAGUCAUUCGAGCAGUUAAACCUCAAGCCCGAAAUCCUCAAAGGUGUAGUUGGAAUGAACUUUAGAAAGCCAUCUAAGGUUCAAGAAAAGACUCUACCACUACUCCUGAUGAACCCUCCAAAAAACCUCAUAGGCCAGUCACAAUCGGGAACUGGCAAGACGGCAGCCUUUGUUUUGAACAUCUUGAGCAGAAUCGAUAUCAGCACUCCAGAGCUGCAAAAGACACCUCAAGCCCUCGUUUUGGCACCCAGUCGAGAAUUGGCUCGUCAGAUCUGCGGAGUCGUGAGAUUGAUGGGUCAUUUUAUGGAAGGCUUGGUGGUGGACGCUGCUGUUCCUGUCGAUGCCUCCCAACGUGGUCGCAAGAUUGAGGCUUCCGUUAUUGUCGGCACUCCAGGCACUGUUCAGGAUCUUAUCAAACGAAGAUCGAUGAACGUCACAAAGAUGCGCAUUCUUGUUCUUGAUGAAGCAGAUAAUAUGCUCGAUCAGCAGGGUCUUGGUGACCAAUGUAGUCGAGUCAAGGCUAUGCUUCCAAAAGAUCUCCAGGUAGUCCUUUUCUCGGCCACCUUUCCCGAGAAUGUCGUUCGAUAUGCACACACGUUUGCACCAAACGCAAAUGAGAUGACCCUAAAGCACGAAGACCUGACGGUCGAAGGAAUCAAACAGGUGUACUUGGACUGCGACAACGACGAUGCCAAGUAUGAGACUCUAGUCAAAUUCUAUGGCAUGCUUACAAUAGGAUCUUCGAUUAUCUUCGUCAAGCGCAAGGAAACUGCUACGAAGCUGGAACAACGAAUGACCGCUGAGGGCCACAAAGUCGUUGCUCUGACCUCAAACUAUGAGGGCUCCCAACGAGAUAUCGUUAUCGACGCCUUUCGACUCGGACACGCCAAAGUCCUCAUUGCCACGAAUGUCCUCGCUCGAGGUAUUGACGUAUCUUCUGUUUCAAUGGUCGUCAACUAUGAUGUCCCUGAUACGCAAACCGGUCCUCGAACUCCUACCGUCGCUGAUCCGCAGACAUAUCUACAUCGUAUAGGUCGAACAGGUCGAUUUGGCCGUGUCGGCGUCGCGGUCACCUUUGUUAGUAGCAAGGCUGAUUGGGAGAAGCUGAUGGCUAUUCAAAAUUACUUCGGAUGUGAGAUUGUCAGACUCGAUACUCAGGAUUGGGAUGACCUCGAAGAACAAAUUACUAAGAUUAUCAAGAGCUCGAGAGCAGGCACGAAUCUGCAGGGAAGCGCUAAUGCGAUCACGACUUGA